GGGGAAGAGGCCCGGCUACUCUUGGUUUUACGGGCGCACGUAGCUCAGGCCUCAGCGCCCUUGGGCAGCGACUGGGCCAGCGGGCGGGGGGCGGGGCUCGCGUCACCAGCUCCCACCCCCCACUCCCGUUCCUAUAAAGGGGGACUGCAACCUCCGCCGGCGCUCUCUGCUCCUCCCCGUUCGACAGGCAGCCACUUCUUCUCGUCUCGUGCAGUGCCAGUCGCAUCUCUGAGACACGAUGGUGAAGGUCGGAGUGAACGGAUUUGGCCGUAUUGGGCGCCUGGUCACCAGGGCUGCUUUCAACUCUGGCAAAGUGGAUAUUGUCGCUAUCAAUGACCCCUUCAUUGACCUCAACUACAUGGUCUACAUGUUCCAGUACGAUUCUACCCAUGGUAAAUUCCAUGGCACAGUCAAGGCUGAGAACGGGAAGCUUGUUAUCAAUGGAAAGUCCAUCUCCAUCUUCCAGGAGCGAGAUCCCGCCAACAUCAAAUGGGGUGAUGCUGGUGCUGAAUAUGUUGUGGAGUCCACUGGUGUCUUCACUACCAUGGAGAAAGCCGGGGCUCAUUUGAAGGGUGGUGCCAAAAGGGUCAUCAUUUCUGCACCUUCUGCUGAUGCCCCCAUGUUUGUGAUGGGCGUGAACCAUGAGAAGUAUGACAACUCCCUCAAGAUUGUCAGCAAUGCCUCCUGUACCACCAACUGCUUAGCCCCCCUGGCCAAGGUCAUCCAUGACAACUUUGGCAUUGUGGAAGGACUCAUGACCACAGUCCAUGCCAUCACUGCUACUCAGAAGACUGUGGAUGGCCCCUCUGGGAAACUGUGGCGUGAUGGCCGUGGGGCUGCCCAGAAUAUCAUCCCUGCAUCCACUGGUGCUGCCAAGGCUGUGGGCAAGGUCAUCCCUGAACUGAAUGGGAAGCUCACUGGCAUGGCUUUCCGUGUGCCCACUCCCAAUGUGUCAGUUGUGGAUCUGACCUGCCGCCUGGAGAAAGCUGCCAAAUACGAUGACAUCAAGAAGGUGGUGAAGCAGGCAUCAGAGGGCCCCCUCAAGGGCAUCUUGGGCUACACGGAGGACCAGGUUGUCUCCUGCGACUUUAAUAGUGAUACCCACUCUUCCACUUUUGAUGCUGGAGCCGGCAUUGCCCUCAACGACCACUUUGUUAAGCUCAUUUCCUGGUAUGAUAAUGAAUUUGGCUACAGCAACAGGGUGGUGGACCUUAUGGUCCACAUGGCCUCCAAGGAGUAAGAGCCCCUGGACCACCUGCCCCAGCAAGAACACAGGAAGAGAGAGGCCCUCAGCUGCUGGGGAGUCCCUGCCCCUAACUCAGUCCCUCAACUCACUGAGAAUCUCCCCCCUUCCCAAUUUCCAUCCUAGAUCCCCUGAAGAAGGGGAGGGGCUUAGGGAGCCUUAUUGUCACAUACCAUCAAUAAAGUUCACUGCACCCAGC